AUGGGUGCGAAUCACUCAUCACAAGGCGUUGAAGAUAGCGAUGAAGAAGAAGAAGAACAAGAUGAUGAAGAAACCAACAUUAACGGUCACAUAGGUGGGUCCCAAUUACGUAACCACCUUAUAGUCAAGAAGGUUCUAGAACAAGAACCCGAAAUGCUUCCGUGCCACGCGUCAGCUUCUCCGCUUUCACCGCAACUGUCUUCUCUCGGAACUCCGCGGCUUGGUCCGUCAAUCAAGGUAUGGGAUCCGUACAACGUUUUGGCUCCGCCGACGCCGCCUUCGGCGGCGGGAAUGUUUUCGCGGAGUUUUUCGUCGGUGAGUGGCGUGGGAAGUGAGGAGGAGGUUGUGGAGGUUUAUUUGAUCUGUCAUGGGGAAUGUGAGUUGAAUUUGGCGCCGGAGUUGGUUGGUGGCAGGUGUUCGGAGGCCGUGUUGACGCCGAAUGGGAAACGGCAGGCUAGGGCUUUGGCUGUUUUUCUUAAGUCUCAGGGAGUGAGGUUUAAUGCGGUUUAUUGUUCGGGGUUGGAUCGGGCUAGGUCAACUGCCGUUUCGGUGUGUAAGGAAGUCAAUUUUUCAGAGGAGCAAAUUCAAUCCUCAGAUGCACUUUCUGAGAUUAGCCAAGGAAAUUGGGAGGGCUGUCUUCGAUCGGAAACAUACACACCUGAAGUUAUGAGCUACAUUGACAGGUUCCAGCCAGAUUUUGCUGCACCUUCUGGAGAAUCACUUAGACAAGUAGAAUUCCGAAUGAUUCGUUUUUUAAAUGAAACUGUGUUGGGAUUACAUGAAAAACUGAGACUAGUUUUCUCGUCACAUCAAAAUGACAGUCACACAUUUUCUCAGCACAAUUCCCAUGCUCUCACAAACUCAAUUCAUGACCAAGAUGGAAAUUCUCUCCAUUCAAACCAAUGGGAUUCUCUCACCAGGCAUCGGCCUGCGUUCUCAAGGAAAAAAUCUGGUAAGAGCAGGCUACAAUUUGUGACAACUACAGGAGAUGAGAUCGAAGACGACAUUCCUUCUAGCAAUGUAAACCACGAAAGUUCCCUGCGUAAUUCUAAUUUCAACAGUUUUUCAUCAUCUGUUUCUUGUAUAGGACUAUUUACUCAUUCUGUGCCAAUCAAGUGUCUCCUUACGGGUCUUCUUGGAUGUAGCCCCUUGAUGUCACAUAAGUUCUGCAUUGAAGACUCUUCAGUGACUGUGUUGCAACACUCUCUCAGAACUGGUUGGCAGAUAAAAAAGCUGAAUGAUACAGCUCAUCUCAGGCUACUCUAG